CGCCACUGAACCAACAUGUCUCGCCGAAAGCAAGGCAAACCCCAGCACUUGAGCAAACGGGAGUUUUCGCCUGAGCCGCUGUCAGGUGUUUUACCAGAAGACGACUCCCACGACUCCCCCAGGCUCGGAGUGGCCCCGGGCGAUCUCCUCAAAGGGGACCAGGACCUGCUGACCUGCGGCCAGUGCCACUCCCGCUUCCCCCUGGCCGACAUCCUGCUCUUCAUUGAACACAAACGGAGGCAGUGCCACGGGAGCCUCUGCACGGACAAGCCCCUGGACAGGCCGCCGUCCUCGCCGCUCGCCUCGCCCCUCUCCACGUCCUCAUCGCACUCGCGGACCCCCCACCAGCACUCGCGGAGGGCGUGCCACCCCGUGGAGGCAACGGUUCAGGUGUCGUCGCGGGACGAGGAUUGUUUAUCUGCUCCCUUGCAAGGAAUAAUCCCCAAAGUGGAGAACAUCACAGAUAAAGAUGAGCCCAGCAGUUACAUCUGCACCACGUGCAAGCACCCCUUCACCAGUGCCUGGUUCCUGCUCCAGCACGCCCAGAACACCCACGGUUUCCGCAUCUAUCUGGAGAGCGAGCCAGGCAGCCCCUUCACCCCCCGUGUGGCGACAGCUCCUGGGAUGGGUGGUGACUGUGCCUCCUCACAGCCCCCCCUCCAUGCUGUCCACUUAGCUGAUGGUAGUCCUUACAGCCUCCUGCGGAUGCCGGGCUCUGGGUCUGGCCGGGAAUCAGCAUCCACACCUCGUGAGGGUCGCUACCCCCGUACCCCACCACUGUUCAGCCCGCCACCUCGCCACCGCCUCAGUCCUGAUGACUUGGCCCUGGCAACCCACCAUCCCAGCGCCUUUGACAGGGUGAUGAGGCUCAACUCAGUGCCAUUAGAGCCCCCUCCCAGCAUGGACUUCUCGAGGCGUCUGCGCGAGCUGGCCGGGAACGCCACUGGGGCCUCCCCACCUCUCUCUCCUAACAGGCCCAACGCUAUGCAACGGCUGCUGCAGCCAUUCCAGCCGGGUUCAAAGCCUCCGUUUUCAGCGACACCUCCCCUCUCCACCGCUCAGUCACCUUCUGGUGCACGUUCCACCCCGAAUGCCGUAUCCAAUGCAGUGCAGCCGGGCACACCUCUCAAGGCAAAGUCUUGCGAGUUUUGCGGGAAGACCUUCAAGUUCCAGAGCAACUUAAUCGUUCACCGGCGUAGCCACACAGGGGAAAAGCCAUUCAAGUGUCACCUCUGUAACCAUGCCUGCACCCAGGCCAGCAAACUGAAACGACACAUGAAGACACACUGUCAGAGCAAGUCGUCCGUGCUUAGUUCCAAGUCAGAUGAUGGCCUCUCGACGGCCAGCUCUCCUGAAGCAGGAACCAGUGAGCUGAUGGGCAGUGCCACGGAUGCCCUCAAGUCAGUGGUGGCCAAGUUCAAGAGUGAGAACAAUGGCCUGAUGCCUGAAAAUGGGGAAGAGGAGGAGGAGGAAGAAGAGGAGGAGGAAGAGGAGGAAGAGGAGGAAGAGGAGGAGGAGGAAGAGGAAGAAGAAGAAGAAGAGGAGGAGGAGGAGGAAAUUGAAAGUAAGCCUGGAGUGGAAGAAGAUGAGGGAAAGAAUGACUAUCGGUUCAGCCUGCGGCUAGAAGGGGCCCGCCACCACCAGAACAGUGAGGCCCUGCAUCCACGCCGCCGGAGCCUGCCCCGGGAGCCCGGUGAGGAGGAUUCAGCCAUGGAGUCAGACCGGGCAGAUGAUGGAACCACCACUGCCAUCAAUGGCCUGGUACCUCUAUCCACUGACAGCUUGUCCCGGAAGCUGCUGGGAGGAAGGGUCAGCCCUGGCUCCCUCAGUCCCCUGUCCAAGCGCAUUAAGGUGGAGAAGGACCUUGACCCCCCCACACCCACUAUCCCUAACACAGAGAAUGUCUACUCCCAGUGGCUAGCUGGCUACGCUGCCUCACGACAACUCAAGGACCCCUUCAUUAACUUCACAGGUGGGGACUCCAGACAAUCGCCCUUCGCCUCCUCAUCGGAGCACUCGUCAGAGAACGGCAGCCUGCGCUUCUCCACUCCACCCGGCGAGCUGGAUGGGGAGCGGGCCCCCUCGGGACGCAGCGGCACCGGCAGUGGCGCCAGCACGCCCCACGGCGGCAGCGGGAACGGCAGGCCGAGCUCCAAGGACGGCCGGCGCAGUGACACUUGUGAAUAUUGUGGCAAGGUGUUCAAGAACUGCAGCAACUUGACAGUGCACCGACGCAGUCACACCGGAGAGCGGCCCUACAAGUGUGACCUGUGCAGCUAUGCGUGCGCCCAGAGCUCAAAGCUCACCCGCCACAUGAAGACCCACGGACAGAUGGGCAAGGACGUGUACAAAUGUGAAAUCUGCCACAUGCCUUUCAGUGUAUACAGCACUCUGGAGAAACACAUGAAGAAGUGGCACAAUGACCGCCCUCUCUCUAAUGAUAUUAAGACUGAGUAG